AGGGGAUGGAGCUCAAACGUAUCACGUGAUAGGUAACGUGACUUCAUUUUCCCGCUCGCUUGUUCCACGCACAACAGCUCACGUGUUUGCCCUAAGAAAAAAUCCACCACAUUUUUCAGUGGGCGAUCUGUAUAGCGACGAGUGCACUUUUCGCUCGAGUUGGUCUUUGUCACAUCCACCCCUCGACAACCUCACCACACAUAACCAUUCAAAAUGACCAAGCGCACGAAGAAGGUCGGUGUCACCGGCAAGUACGGUGUCCGUUACGGUGCCUCCCUGCGUAAGCAGGUCAAGAAGAUGGAAAUCACCCAGCACGCCAAGUACACCUGCACUUUCUGCGGCAAGGUCACUGUCCGCCGCCAAUCUACCGGUAUCUGGAACUGCCGCUCUUGCAAGCGCACCAUGGCUGGUGGUGCUUACACCGUUGCCACUCCUGCUGCUGCUGCUAUGCGCUCGACUCUCCGUCGUCUGCGUGAGAUUGCUGAAGUUUAAGGGGAGAGGGAUGAUAAAAGAAGAAGUGUUUUAUGGGGAAGGGAGCAAAGGGUUUACGGCAUUUGGCUUUUCGGUCUGGUGUACGGGGAAUCAAGGUUGGCGCGCCUAGUAGCGACGAGUUGACGAACAUGCACAUCGACACUCGACGACUUUCUGGACAGAGGCCGCAAAUAGCAAUGACUUCAAAAAGUUGCAUGGUCUCAGACCCAAAACAAAAAAUAUAACAAAAAUUUUAACUCUC